UAUCACUUUUUGGCCAGGGUCUAAGGUCUAGUGUUAUCCUGGCUACAUUUAUAAAUAACAUCCACGUUUAAGGAUGUAUGCCAUCAAAAUGGAUCUCCUACUUCACUUUCUUCUGCUUCUUUCAGUAAUGUUAUGUGCAUCACCAUUCACAACCUCAUCAUCUUCAUCUUCUUCACCACCAUAUGCCUUAAAACUAGGCUCAUCUCUCUCUAUUGAUACCAAAGAUGAUUUCUUGCUCUCACCCGACCGUGUUUUCACCGCCGGAUUCUACAAAGUCGGGGAGAACGCGUUUUGCUUCUCUAUAUGGUUCACUGAACCCUUGUCCGAUGGUCAGCUAACCGUCGUUUGGAUGGCUAACCGCGAUGCACCGGUCAAUGGAGCACGCUCAAAGCUUUCGCUGUCCAAAACCGGUAAUCUGGUUUUACAGGAUGCAGAUCAAGAGCUGCUCGUUUGGACCACAAGAACGAGAGAUUUAACAGCUUCUGCACACUUGAAAUUGAAUAAUUCUGGAAAUCUUUACCUUCAAAGUAAAGAUGGACAGAUUCUAUGGCAGAGUUUUGGAUUCCCGACCGAUACGCUUCUUCCCAAUCAACCACUCACCAAAGAUGCCAUGCUGGUUUCUUCAAGAAGCCCAACCAAUUAUUCUUCAGGUUUCUACAAGCUCUUUUUUGAUAACGAUAAUGUUCUUCGACUAGUCUAUAGUGGACCUAAGGUUACAGGCAUUUAUUGGCCAAAUCCUGAGCUUCGAGCUUGGGAUGCUGGCAGGAGCACCUACGGCAGUGAAAAGACGGCAACCAUCGAUCAGUUUGGACGUUUUAUCUCAAGUGACAAUCUGUUCUUCAACACUUCGGAUAACGGAGAUCAGCUCCUGCGAAGGGCGACCAUGGAUGUCGAUGGCAACUUCCGAGUAUAUAGUUUGGACGAAACCAGAAGAAUCUGGAAAGUUACUUGGCAAGCUAUAGCACAAACUUGCACCAUUCAUGGAAGUUGUGGAGAAAACAGUACGUGUUCUAAUGAGCCGACUUAUGGUAGGAAGUGCACUUGCUUACCAUAUCACAAGAUGAUUAAUCAAACUGAUUGGUCAUAUGGUUGUAAACCAGCAUUCCGAGGUAACGGUGAGGAUAGUUUUGUAUACUAUCCUCAUUUUGAUUUCUAUGGGUACGACUCAAAGUACUUGCCCAACACAACCUUAGAUGCAUGCAAGAAAGAGUGCACGAACAUCAGCAAUUGCAAAGGGUUUCAGUACAAGUAUGACAUGAAACAAGGCAUUUUUCUUUGUUACCCGAAAUUUCUGUUGCUGAACGGAUUUAGCUCGGUGAGCUUUAAUGGUUCCUUCUAUCUAAAAGUGCCUGCAAGUACCCUAUCUUCUAACACCAAUAAAUCUAUUCAAGAACUCAGCUUAAACUGUUCUGGGCAUCCGAAAAUCGUACAGCUCGAACGAGUUUACGACAGGAAGAAAGAAAGAGGAUCUGUCAAGUACUUACUACUAUUCACCUAUGUUUUCGGUGCCUUGGAGAUGAUUUGCAUAAUCUACUUCUUAUACAAAACCAGAAGUUCAGUUACAAAAUCCCAAGGUUACCUUCAAGCUGCUACAGGAUUUGAGCGGUUCAGAUAUGCGGAUCUAAGGAAGGCAUCUAAAAAUUUCAGUAUCGAGAUAGGCAGAGGAGGUGGUGCAAUUGUGUAUAAAGGAUUCCUGUCAGACAACCGAGUUGCAGCCAUUAAACGUCUCAAAGAAGCUAGUAGCAACCAAGGGGAAGCUGAAUUUUUAGCAGAGAUAAGUACACUUGGGAGGCUUAAUCACAUGAAUUUGAUAGAUAUAUGGGGUUAUUGUGCUGAAGGAAAGCAUAGGAUUUUGGUUUAUGAGUACAUGGAGAAUGGAUCAUUGGCUGACAAUCUACAUUCGAAUAAGCUGGAUUGGGAUAAACGAUUUGAAGUUGCAGUGGGUACCGCAAAAGGACUUGCUUAUCUCCAUGAAGAAUGCUUGGAAUGGGUUUUGCAUUGCGAUGUAAAGCCUCAUAACAUAUUACUGGAUCAAGAUUACCUUCCAAAAGUUGCAGACUUUGGACUGUCUAAAUUUUUGGAUAGAGAUGGAAGAGGUAACUUGGAAUUCACAGAGGCAAGAGGGACAAGAGGUUACAUGGCUCCAGAAUGGUUUUUUAUCAGUCAUCCAAUAACCUCCAAAGUAGAUGUGUAUAGCUACGGAAUGGUGAUGCUGGAGAUGAUAACUGGACAGAGCCCAAAAGGCAGCAAUCCAAGUGGUGGAUACGAGGGAAUGACUAUGACGGUUAGAUGGGUGCGAGAGAAGGUUGCUGCUGCUGCAGCUGAGGGAUAUGCAUAUGGUGGAAAGAGUAACUGGAUCAAAGAAAUAGUAGAUUCCACGGUGAAUGGAGAAUAUGAUAGUACUCGAAUGGAAAUUCUGAUCAAAGUGGCUUUGCAAUGUGCUAAUGAAAAUAAGGAUGCAAGACCUACCAUGAGCCAGGUAGUAGAUAUGCUCCUCCAGUAGAUUGUUAGGGUUUAUAUGUUCCUCAGUGGUGAAUGGUGAUUCAAUUCAUAUUCAAACAAGAAGAACUGAAAUCAAUAGUGACACCAAAAUGUCAUCCAUAAUUUCCUAAAUCAAGCUUCCAGAAAAACAUACCUUGCUCUAAUAAGCUCUUCUAUGGUGAUCACUUCACCCGUAGAUUUUAGCGGCUACGGUUUUGGAGAAGAUCUCUGUAACCACAUGGACGAAAUCCAACUAUGACGCGGUAGUGAAGUGAGGGGCGAAGAAGAUGACGACGAGAUCAGUUAUGUAAAAGAAAUUGAAAG